ACACUUACCGUGCUAUACAGGAAAUAGCUACUGUCGUCAUCUCCGGUUAGUGGUAAUGUUGUACGAGGUGUCUUUCUGAAAGGUUGCAUAAGCAGCAAUGAUGUCUGGCCCCGGGGGAGGGAAGCGAGCCUCAGGUGGGGACAGCCCCCCUGGUCCACCUGAGAAAAAGAGUAAAAAAGAGGAGAAGACCACCACCACUCUCAUUGAGCCAAUACGCAUUGGGGGAGUGUCCUCUACGGAGGAAAUGGACAUGAAAGUGAUCCAGUUUAAGAAUAAGAAGCUGAGUGAGCGUCUGGAGCAGAGGCAGACCAUGGAGGACGAGUUGCGAGAGAAGAUCGAGAAGCUGGAAAAGCGACAAGCCACUGAUGAUACCACACUGCUCAUUGUGAAUCGUUACUGGUCCCAGUUGGAAGAAAAUGUUCACGUCCUGCGCCUCCGCAUUGACCCCACGGUGGUCCCAGCACCGCAUGCUAUGCCGGUCUCUGCCCCUACCCCACUAGAAGAGGAUGGUAUGAUGAUUCCACCACCCCCUCCUCCAGCAACAGAACACGAGGAGACACAGCCUCCCCCACCUGAUGUUAUGGAGAAAGCUCCUGAACCACAGCAGGACUCUACAACGGCACCUCCGCCCACUACUUCCCUCAGUGAGAGUGCCAAAGCCUUCCUCUCCAUUCUGGACAACAGCAGUGAGGAGGAGCUCAGCCUGCAGCUGCAGGACAGGAUGCAGUUUAGCAAAGAGGCCGCUGCUUGCAUGGUCUGCGUCUUCGACAGGUUGCACAGCCGCAUCGACAGCCUAUGCACCCAGAUCCAGUCCGCAGUGUGUGAGGACGACAGCCAGGAAGAGCUGCUCCGUCUGAAUCGCACUCUGCUGGAGGAGAAUAGCAGACUGCAAGACCUGGCUUCCUCCCUGCAGGGCAGACACCACAAGAUGUCUAUGGAGUACAAUGAGCUUGUGGAUAAGGUGACGAGCUCGGAGACCAAGGUGUCUGAGAUGGAGACUGCUGUGGAGGAUCUGCAGUGGGACAUCGAGAAGCUCCGUAAAAGGGAACAGAAGCUCAACAAGCAUCUCGCUGAAGCACUUGAGCAGUUGAACUCGGGCUACUACACCACUGGCAGCUCAGGGGGGCUACCCGGAGGCCAGAUCACUCUCAAUAUACAGAAGUUUGAGAGCCUGAAUGCAGAGUUGGAGCAAAACCAGGAGCUGGCCAACAACCGCAUGGCGGAACUGGAGAAACUACAGCAGGAGCUCCAAGAGGCUGUGAGGGAGAGUGAGAAGCUCAAGUUGGACCUGAAAAAUAUUCCAGAGGAUGUGGUGAAGGAGACCGCUGACUACAAGUGCCUGCAGUCCCAGUUCUCACUGCUCUACAACGAGUCUCUCGGGGUGAAGACCCAGCUGGACGAGGCCCGGGCCCUGCUCCUCACCGCCAAGAAUGCCCACCUCAGACAGAUAGAGCAUAUGGAGAGUGACGAGCUGUCACUACAGAAGAAGCUCCGCACCGAGGUCAUCCAGCUGGAAGACACGCUGGCGCAGGUGCGCAAGGAGUAUGAAAUGCUGCGUAUCGAAUUUGAGCAGAACCUGGCGGCCAACGAGCAAGCAGGCCCAAUCAACAGAGAGAUGCGACACCUCAUCAGCAGCCUCCAGAACCACAACCACCAGCUGAAAGGUGACAUGCAGCGUUACAAGCGGAAGCUCCGAGAAACACAGAUGGAGAUUAAUAAGUUGCGGUGCCAGAGUGGUGACGCUGGGCUUCUGUCGUUGGAGGAGCCGGUGAGCGACAGCCUGGAGGUGAAGAAAGAAGAGGAUGAAGACCAAGAAGAGGAAGAGGAGAGGAGGAGGGAGCUGGAGAGACAGCGGUCCCGGGAGAGAGAGAGGGAGGCCGAGAGGGAGCGAGAGAGGGAGCGAGAAAGGGAAAGACAGCGCAGCGAAGAGUUGAAGAGAAAAGAUUCGGACACACUGAAGAUGCUGAGGGCUGAACUUAAGAAAGCCCAGGAGUCUCAGAAGGAGAUGAAGCUACUUUUGGACAUGUAUAAAUCGGCUCCCAAAGAGCAGCGAGACAAAGUGCAGCUUAUGGCAGCAGAGCGCAAGUCUAAAGCCGAGGUGGAUGAGUUGCGGGUGCGGGUUCGAGAGCUGGAGGAGAGGGAGAGGAAGGAGAGCAAGAAGCUGGCUGAUGAGGACGCUCUCAGGAAGAUACGCGUGGCAGAGGAGACGAUCGAUCACCUACAGAAGAAGCUCACGGCCACCAAACAGGAGGAGGAGGCCCUACUGAGUGAGAUGGACGUGACGGGCCAGGCCUUUGAGGACAUGCAGGAGCAGAACAGCCGGCUGAUGCAGCAGCUGAGGGAGAAGGAUGACGCCAACUUCAAGCUGAUGUCGGAACGCAUCAAGUCCAACCAGAUCUACAAGCUGCUGAGGGAGGAGAAGGAGGAGCUGGCUGACCAGGUGCUAACCUUCAAGACCCAGGUGGAAGCUCAGCUAUUGGUUGUACAGAAGCUGGAGGAGAAGGAGGGCAUCCUCCAGAGCUCACUGGCCACUCUGGAGAAAGAGUUAGGAGUCCGCACACAAGCACUUGAACUAAACAAGAGGAAGGCGGUGGAGGCAGCCCAGCUGGCUGAAGACCUGAAGGUGCAGCUGGAACACACCCAGUCCAAGCUGAGAGAGAUCCAGGUUUCUGUGUCCGAGAACCGCACCGCCAGAGAGAGGGAGUUGGGCAACCUCAAAAGAGCACAGGAGGACCUGUCCAGGCUACGACGAAAGCUGGAGAAGCAGAAGAAAGUGGAGGUGUACACUGAUGCUGAUGAGAUCCUGCAGGAGGAGAUUAACCAGUACAAGGCGAAGCUGCGUUGUCCGUGCUGCAACACCCGCGACAAGGAGACCGUGCUCACCAAGUGCUUCCACGUGUUCUGCUACGAGUGUCUGAAGACGCGCUACGACACCCGACAGAGGAAGUGCCCCAAAUGUAACUGUGCCUUCGGGGCCAACGACUUCCACCGCAUCUACAUCACCUAACUCCGUUACACGGAGAGGAGGAGAAGACAGCGGUGAACAGAGCCUAAAGGAGAGGAAGGGGGGAAAUGGUGUGGUUGGAGAGGUGUCUGGGGAGUUUUGUUUUUUUCUCGGUUUUAAUCGCUCCUUUUGGAAAGACUUUCUUAAAUUGCAUCAUUGCCGGUUGGUGCUAGUGACCAAACAGAGCAUUGUCAGUGAUUGCGAUGUACGGUAGGUGGUAAUAAGAACAGAUGUGCAAAGGUAUUACUACUUCUGUUUUUCUGGCCAAUCUUAGUCUGUCAGAUCUUGCCCAUGUGGAAUUCUUAACAUUUAACUGAGCCCAUUUUUAAACUGUUAAUCACCUUGUAAAAGUGAACUGGGAAGUUGUCGUGGUGCUGUAUGAUUUGGAGACGGACUUACCCAGAAUCAUCCUUUAGAAUACCUGUAUGUGCUUGUUUUGGAUAUUCAAAGAAAAGACGACCAUUCUCAAGAACUGAGAUUCCAUUACUGGACACGUAUGUAGUUCAGUUGCUAUGUUGAGUUGUGUACAUUACGACUCCAUUCAGUUGAAAAUGAGUUCCUUUCAUUGUCGUAACAAUCACGUUAUGCACCUGUGCAGAGAUUUCACCGGAUAAUACUAUUGUCGAUACCUAGGAAUCAUUCAACUUAGUUGGCAGUUUAGUUUGACUUUGCCUGUGGCUAGCAGAUCGAGCGCCUCAGUCACACACAACAUCUGCAGGUUUUAGUGCCUCGUUACUGAUGACAUUUCAGUGGAAGAGUCAGCUCACGAGUGUCAUUAAGUGGGCCAUCCCAUCCAGCUCUUUCAAGACAACUUAAAGAUUACUGGAACAUUAAAGGAGCUAUAUGUAAUAAUUUGCAUUGUAAUUUCAGAAAAUGUCCUUAAUAUAUCUACAGUAAUAAUGGAAUGAUAGUUUCACUAUAUUUUUUCACUAAAACAAUUUUUGGCCCCACACAAAAUUCCAUUCUAAUGGUACAGACUUCUUGACCGGGCCAUCAAAGGGCAAGCGUCAAACAUGUAGAAAUCACUCAGCUCCAGUCAAUUGGACAAUAAGAUUUGCUGGCUCCAGUCAAUUGGACAAUGAGAUUUGCUGGCCCCAGUCAAUUUGACAACUAGAGACGGUCUGUUGUUGAAUUGUCACAUAUACAGUCUCUCCAUAUAUCUUACAACCAUAUUCUGCCUUAAUGGAAUCUCUGAACCCCCUUUUCCUCAGUUCUGAUGAUGCCAGCCAUUUAAUGAGAGCUUGGUGAUGUGUUUGACGUUAUAGCACCUGUGAGAAACAAAAUCAUAACUGGCCUCAAAAUACCACCGUGAGACUCUUGUGAUCUAAAGUCAAUGGCAAAAAAAACAUCAUGCAUCUGUUCAAAAUAAGACUUCUAGAAUGUUUUGAUGAAAUGUUUGAGUUUUGUGACUCGGGAUAUUUGGAUUGGUAUUAAUAAGUGGAUAGUGUGGGCUCUGUGUUAUGAACAUACAUGCUAUAGACAAAGAAGCAGUUCUCAUUCAGAACAUAGUGAUCAUUUUGUAUUUCACAGAGUAGAUUUUGUGAGUUUUCCUAGUAAAAACAAAGACUUGAGUUGACUGUUGAAUACUCAUUAUGGGGUUUUCUGACCUGGGAGUUGAACAAUGGGAAAACAUUUGAUCUUGCUAAAACAAAGUGAUGUGAGUGGUAAUAGCAGGCUUUUACUAAUAAAAAAUAAACAGUAAAGCCGAUUUUUAAAUCAAAUUUGCACCGGCAAAUUGUCCAGAAGGGAAUUAAAAUCCAAUUGCAAAAUAA